AUGGACUUUGCGGAGCAAGCAUUGAACUUAUUCGGAGAAGACGAUGAUGACGACAACCAGAACUACCGAAACGACGACGCAGAAGAAGAAGUAGAAGAAGAUGCGGAGGAGCCGCAAGAAAACCAUCAAAAUCAAGCCCACCAAUCUUCCUCCUCCGGGGCAUCGUCCUCCGGCGCCUCCUCCUCCGCCUCUUCCUCCGGCGGCGGGGGCGGCUCUUCAUCGGGUUCUUCUGGGUCCUCCUCCUCCAAUCGCAGCAGAAGUAGUAGCGAUGAAGAGCCCCAAGAAGAAGAUCACGACGGUGGUGAAGUGAGGUCGUAUGAUAAUAAUCAUAAUAAUCAUAGUAGAGUUGAUGAUGAUAGUGAUAAUUACUAUAAUAAUGACGGCCGGGUUGACUUCGGUGAUGAGGAAGAGGAGGAGGAAGAUGUCAGGGAUCUUUUUGGGUCUGAUAAUGAGGAUUAUGGCAAAACCACUGCUAUUAGUCCCUACCCAGUUCCUGUAUUGCCACUUGUACGAAAUAACAACAACAAUGCCAGAGGAGGUUUUGGACGUGGUCGUUGGCAGAACAACCGAGGACCUGGUCUCCUUCCCCGACCUCCUGGGCCUUAUCCUCAAAGGCCAUUCAAUCAAAGAUUUUUUAGUGCUCCUCGUGAUGAAAGAUUUGUUUCCGAAUUGAAACUGAAUUCAAAAAGUGAAGAAACACUGGCGAGAAAAUGUAUUGCUUUUCAGGAGCCAUGUGAACUUGCCUGCUAUAGUCGUGCCGAAGGAGGAGAAGUGUUUUUCGAUGACAGGAGUUUGAGGCUAUUUAAGCGUCUUAUCUCUCAGGAUGUUGGGUUUGAUUUGAAUGAAGGUUUUGACACUUUUACACCGAAGAAAGAUUUGGGCUCAGAGGGAUUUGGUGACCUUCUGGAUUGUAUAAGAAGUAAAAAUAUAGCACUUCAAAACAUGCACUUUGUGACGUACCGCAACAACCUUAAUAAGAUUUUGGCUACUGCUUACAUAAGGCAUGAACCUUGGGAAAUGGGAGUGCAUAAGAGGAAUGGAGUCGUGUAUCUUGAUGUGCAUAAACUGCCCGAAAGACCACAAAGUGAGAAGGAGAGGAGGAGCUGCUAUUGGGGAUACUGUUUUGAGAGCCUUGCGACGGAAGAUCCAACUAGAGGUGAUGGAGACCCGAUUCAUCAUGUUGAUGCAAACGUUGAAUACUGCUCCGUAAUUAAAACCAAGCUAGGAGCUCAUCGUAUUUUGAUGGGUGCUGAAAUGGAUUGCUGUGACUCCACCGAUGAUGGAAGGAGGUUCUAUAUAGAGUUAAAGACAAGUCGUGAGCUGGAUUAUCACACAGAGGAAAGAUUCGAGAGGGAAAAGUUGCUCAAGUUCUGGAUCCAAUCAUUUCUAGCUGGUGUGCCUUUUAUUGUGAUUGGAUUCAGAGAUGAUGCUGGGAGACUUGUCCGCACAGAAAGACUAAGAACCAAAGAUAUCACUCAAAGAAUAAAAAUGAAGAAUUACUGGCAGGGUGGAGUGUGCUUGGCAUUCGCAGAUGAGGUUUUGUGCUGGCUUUAUGGGACUGUCAAAGAGAAUGAAGACUAUAUUUUACAAUUCACGCCCCCUUUCACACGGUUGGAGUUGUUGCAAGCAGAUUCAUGUCCUGAUGCAAUCACUGACCAUGUUCAACAAUUGUAA